UCCAGACCCUGAUUGAGCUCGGAGGCUUCCGUAGAGGGUGGGAGAAAGAUGGCGGCGGCCAUUCUGGAACGGUUGGGUGCGUUAUGGAUGCAGCAUCUGAGGGGGAAGCUGGCCUCGCGGCUUCUUCCAUCUCAGAGUAUUUUACCCCAGUCACACCUCCACACAAGUGCUUCUCUUGACACUUCUCGAAGAUGGGAGAAAAAGAAUAAAAUUGUUUAUCCUCCACAACUGCCUGGAGAACCUCGGAGACCAGCAGAAAUCUACCAUUGUCGAAGACAAAUAAAGUACAGCAAAGACAAGAUGUGGUAUUUGGCAAAAUUGAUUCGAGGAAUGUCUAUUGACCAGGCUUUGGCUCAAUUGGAAUUCAGUGACAAAAAAGGAGCCCAAAUAAUUAAAGAGAUUCUUUUAGAAGCACAAGAGAUGGCAGUGAGAGACCACAAUGUGGAAUUCAGAUCCAAUUUAUACAUAGCUGAAUCCACCUCAGGGCGAGGCCAGUACCUGAAACGCAUUCGAUACCACGGCAGAGGUCGCUUUGGGAUCAUGGAGAAGGUUUACUGCCAUUAUUUUGUGAAGUUGGUGGAAGGCCGUCCACCUCCCUGCGAGGCACCAAAGACAGCAGCCACCCACGCCAAAGAAUACAUCCAGGAGCUUCGAAACCGGACCAUCAUCCACACUCUGUGAUGGGGGAUCUCAGACUCCACAGUGUACAUAGUUUGCCAUUUAUUUCCUAAAAACAAACAAUAAUUAAAGAUGAAUGUUUUUAUGACUUGUCAUUGAAUUAUUGAAAUACGAAGUACAACUGAUAGUUUUUCUAUAAGGUUGCCCAUCGCUCUGAGCCUCUGGGAAUGUUUUGUGCAUUUCCAAUUUGGAAGGGCAAAUCGGCUUUAAAUAUAGUAAGACACUAUAAUUCACUAGGCUUUUUUGAGUACCUUUUGAAGGAAAUGUUAACUUUUCCACUAGCGUCCUGCAGAUGGAAGUUUCGAUACUGGACGUGA